AUGGUUAUACAAGUUGAACCCGAAGAACUGUUGGAUACUAAAAUUCAAAAACAUAAAAUGGAAUCCAAAAAAUAUAUUGUUUUUAAAAAUCACGUACGAGAAAUAAAGGAACAGCCAGAAGAAGUAAAAAUUUUAAAAGAUUUAAAUGAAGAAAAACACGAAAAAUACAAUAAAAAUGAAGUGCACAAACAGAGUUCAUCGUCGUCAGAAGACGAUCAAAUAAAUACAGUUAUUGCCACUAAGGAUUUAGAAGAAUUAAAAACAGUAUAUAAAAAAUGCAAAUCAAUUUUAAAUAAAAUUGAAACAAAGUAUGGACACCUAUUAGACUUAAAUGAUGAAGAUGAGUACAGAUACCCGAAAAGAAAGAGAGUAAGUUUAAAUGAUAAUUUUCAACAUAAAUGUAUAUGCACUCCUAACAAGAAAACAAUUUUUACAGAAGACGGCCAACAAGUAUCACAGACAGAUAUUAUAUCAGAAAGUCAUAUAUGUGUCUCGAACAAUAAGUAUCAAAAUACAUAUGAAAGUAUUCAAGUAGAUUACGAAAAUGAAUAUACCAUUUUGCCAGAUAAUAUACAAGAACUAACAAAAAUACUGAAGGAUUCAGAAAUAACUAGAAAUUUUAGAAAUAGAGUUAUAGAAAAAAUUAGGUAUUUGAGAUAUGAAAACCUCAAUGAAAUAAAAUAUAAAAAGGAAUCUUUAGUGAAAAAAUUAAAAUCUAAUCCAGAAGAAAUUAUAGAUUUUAAAGGGACUAAUAUAUCAUCUUUACCAGGAUAUCCAACAACA